AUUAUCGUCUCCUCCUCCAAAAUUGUGUUCGAACAUAAGUGGGGCUUAGGGUUUUCAGAACGAAUCGAAGUUAAAUCUCAGAGAAACAACUUUACUUUACAAGCUGAAGUCUUUGAGAAGGAAGAAUGAGCUACUUAGGUGACGUAGCAUUCAGUGUGUACCAUGGUGGGUAUUGGGUGAAGCUGUAUAAUGGAGAAUUCACAUAUUUUGGUGGGGAGAUGAAAAGUAUCGAAAGCAAACCCGAAGAAAUAUUUAUUAGGUUGUCAAAUGAGUUUAGUGAUGGGUUGUCUGGACAGAAUUUGUGGUAUAAGAUGCCUUUUGAAGACUUGAAGGAACGGAAGAGUUUUUGCAUUGGGGAUGAGAGUUUUGAGAAAAUGUGUGAAGCAGCUAGAUGGGUUAAGUUUGUUGAUUUGUUUUUAGUUAACCCAAGUGAGCAUCCAGAUGAUAUUGAUGGUCCGGAGCCGUGUGAAGCAGAGGUUAGAGUUGAAAGGAGUGCACUGAAUUUUGUUGAUGAAGAUGAAAAUUUUGACUAUCACAACACACCUCCUAACUCUGAUGGUGAAGAAGAGGACAAUGUUUACAGAUGGAAACGAGGCAGUGGGCAGCUGAAGCUUAGACAAGUUUUUGACACUUUAGAAGACUUUAAAGAGGCGUUAGUGGAAUAUGUGCUAAAGGAAGGAAGGAAUAUUGAGUUCUGUCGUUGGGGGAAAGAUAAAUCUGCAGCAAAGUGUGGGAUAGAGAAAGAAAACUGUCCAUGGUUUAUACACUGCUCUUAUGAAGAACAUGUUGGAAAGUGGAUGGUGAAGGUUUUUGAAGAUAAACACAGUUGUGUGAAGGAUGGAUAUUGUAAGAUGUUGAAAUCUCCUGUGAUUACAAAGCUGUUUCUGAAUGACUGGAGGACUGAUCCUGAGAUUAAACCGAAGGCUAUUCAGAAUGAAAUUCUAAAAAAUUUCAAUUUGAUCGUAUCUCCAAACAAGAUUAAAAAGGCUAAGGCAAAAGCCUUGGAGAUCAUUGCAAAAGACCACGAGGAACAAUUUUCUAGGCUUAAAGAUUACCGCUUAGAACUCUUAAGGUCAAAUCAUGAAUCAACUGUCCUGCUAGAUACGUUUGAGAAUGAUGAUGGGACAGAAACAUUCCACAGAUUCUAUGUCUGCUUUGAAGUGAUCAAAAGACUAUGGAAAACUUGGUGUCGUCCUAUUUUUGGUCUAGAUGGAUGUUUUCUAAAGUCUACACUCAAAGGACAAUUAUUAGCUGUUGUUGGAAGGGAUGCUAAUAAUGGAAUGUAUCCAAUAGCGUGGGCGGUUGUUGAUGUAGAAAAUGAACCCAAUUGGUGCUGGUUCAUACAAAAUCUGAAGGCGGACUUGAAUCUUCAAAAUGGUCGUGGUUUUACUUUGAUCUCUGAUAGGCAAAAGGGUUUGCUGAAUGCAGUUGAGAGGGAGCUACCUAUGGUAGAACACCGGAUGUGUGCUCGCCACAUCUACGCAAACUUGAAAAAGGCUUUUCCUCGCCAAAGUGAGAUGAAGACUCUGUUUUGGCGAGUAGCUGAAAGUUAUACCAUACCUGAGUACCAGAAAAACUUGGAAGCUGUUCGGAAAUAUGAUAUGCGUAUCUUUGAAGCUAUAAUGGAGAAGAAUCCAAAGAAUUGUAGCUUGGCUUUUUGUGGACCAACUGCUUCCUGCAUAGAUGUUCACAACAACAUUUCAGAGUCAUUCAACAAUGCCAUCGAUCCUGCUAGGUAUACACCAAUGGUUGAGAUGUUAGAGGUAAUAAGAAGAAGUGCCAUGGUGAGGAUUGACUUGAGAAAGCUGAAAGCACGACAACAUAAAAGUAGAUUCACUACUCGGGCUACACAGUUCAUAGAGUUAGAGCAAGAAAAGAUUAAGUUCUGCAAGAUGUAUCCAGGAUCAGAUGGAAGAUGUGAAGUAAGAGAGUGUAAUACAAGCUUCAGUUUGAACAUGAGGAUGAGGACUUGUUCUUGUCGGAGAUGGGAAAUGAGUGGACUUCCAUGUCGUCAUGCAUUACGCGUGUUUGCAGAUAAGAAGCUCAACUACGAAGACUACACCUCUAGCUGGUACUCUAACUCACAGCAGCAACAAAUAUAUAGUGACUCGAUACGUCCAGUUACCGGUAUGCAGUUUUGGCAGAAACUUGGUUGUGUUGUUAAGCCACCUGUUGGUCUUAUUGAAGAGGUAGAAAAUAGGAAAGGGAGGAAACCGAAGCCAAAGAGAAAGAAAGGACAGAAUGAGUCUCCUAAAAAGAAGGUUAGCAGAGAGAAAAGGAUAAUGCAUUGUGGGCGUUGUGGUAUUGCUGGACACAAUGCGAAGAAUUGUAAGAAUUUUGGGGUGCCAAAGUUCUUGAAACCAAGAAAGAGGAUGAGUUCAAACACUGGAGAAGAUGGUUAUGAUUCCACAAACACAAACGGAGGAGAUACGUCGGAUUUUGGAGAUGGACCAAGUCAAUCGACACAAUACUAAGUUGUUAUAAGAUGGGUCAGCUGUAGAUGACAAGCAUGUAUGUUUUAGUCAGUGGUGAUGGAUAUCUAAGAAUGAAAGAUGGUUUGGAGUUUUUAAAGAAGCAUGAAGAGGAAGAAUUUUUUGUUUUGUUUUUGGGAUAUGUAGUGCUUUUGGAACUUGUUUGAUGUUUAACGUUUUGGAGCUUGUUUGAUGUUUAACGCUUGAUGUUUUUAAUUAAUGGAAUUUUAUUUUUCUACCUGAAA